UGGCCAGCAGAAAUGAGCAUUGCCAACUUCCUGUGGCUUGAAGGAUUCUUUACUGAGAUCAAAAGAGCUCAGAUGAGCCAGUCCAACAGUUUUCUUUGGCCUUGGGUGCACAACACAAAGCCAAAGUGUUGGCUAAUAUUUAUCACUGAAGGAUCCCAAACAUCCAUUUCUCCUUAACUUCAGACUUUCUUAGAAAUAUUUCAGGGGUCUUUAGCCAACAUAUUCAGUCUUUCUGAACUUGGUCUGCAGAUUUCUAGAAUGCUGUUUUCUGUGGCUCAAUGACCUCCAAAUUUCUUCUUGAAGAAAACUGUGGUUUCCCAGUGGCAAAAUCAACCCAAACCACCAAAGUCCCCUUACUCUGAUGAUGAAAUUCCCAUUAAUAGCUGCCAAGAACACCAGAGCAACUAACUGCCCCUGUGCAUACAUAAAGUAUAGAAUAAUCAAUAGGAUGCAUGAGGUGUUUUGUCCUGGCUUCCCUGCCAGUUAAAGAAAGGCAAAUUAUUGUGCAAUGGCAGCAAGACACUGCUAAUAGGCUCUGACAACAAAGCAGAUGUGUUUUGCUUGUUCUCUGGGAUCCUUUGAUCCCACAGGAGCACAUCCACAGUUUCAGAGUGAAAUGGUAUUUUUCUGUUGCCCACAUUCUCCUCUUGCCUCCUGUGUUCAUCUGACAGCACUGUGCAGUAUCAACUGGAGGUAAAUCUCCCUCUUUGCUGAGUAGGUAAUGCCUUCUUGUGCAAGGAUUGCACAUGAUGAAUUUAAGGUAUAAGCCUCUUCUGUUCACACUCUUCCUUUGUUUGUUCACUUUUCUUUCCUUUCCUCCCUCCCUCCCUUCCUUCCUUAGGCAUUAUGGACAGGAGAUGGUGAAGAUGUUGCUCAAUCAUCAAAAAUUUAAAAUGCUUUUGGAACGAUCUCUUUCCACCAGUGACCUGGAAGAUAUUCUGACAAGAAUGAAGAAGAAAGGGAUGGAAAACCAGAAGGCUGAACGCCCAUCUGUCAAGGAGCUGGUGAAGAAGAGGAUCGAUGGCUCCAAGAAGCCCCAGGCCACAUUGUCUUCUAGCAAACGGGUGAAAUCUUCCUCUGAUGGAUGCCUCCUACACCGUGCACAAGCCCAGGUCACGUUACCUCCGGUUGAGGAAGAAACAGAGCUGCUCCAGAAGCUUUACAAUCUCCUGGAGGCCAAGGGGUUUCAGACGCGCAUGGAAGGAGUGUCACUCCUCCAAGACCUGUGCAAAACCAGCCCCCAGCUCAUCUCCACUAACAUUGUCCAAAUUUUUGAAUAUUUUGUCCUGAGAAUAUCUGACAGCCACAAGAAAGUGAAGCAGAAGGCGCUGGACGUGCUAGCUGAAAUCACAGGUGUCCUGAAAGAUGCCUUGAACCCGGUGAUCAUUGAUUUGGUGGAAGGAAUAACGAAGAACCUGAACUCCAAGGAUCCCAGGGUUCGUGCCGCAGCUGUGAAAGCACUGGAAGAAUCCAUUGCUCAUUUAGAUAAAGUAUCACUGCUGAAAGAGUUCAGCUACCACUGGAAUCACCUGAGUGGCCAAGCUCUGCUGGAUGUCACGGAGUGUAUCACAGGUAUGGCCUCCCCUUCUAGGCCAAGAGGUCUUCCCAGGGAGUAUUUACAGGCAAUGCCUGUGAACAGACAGCAGAGUAGCUCCUCCAAACCAGGAGGUGCUGAGCUUGUCCCUCCUGCCCAGUGCCCAAGGCAGGUGUAUUUGGCAGGUUUCCCUGGCUGCUGCAGAGCUGUGCAGCAUCUGAGAUGGGGGCAGAGCUCGGCCUCGGGGCUGAGCUCCCACUGGGGCAUCUCAGAACCCAGCUCCAGGAAAGGGAGGGGCUCAAAAUACCCCAGCUGGCCCCUCUCUUGGAAGCUCAGGGACAUCUGUCAUCUUUUCGGGAAAAUGGUGGCAAAUGCUGUUUCAGGGGACCAGUUUGUUUUGUCCUCACAGAACUCUUGUUUUUCUCUUGGAAAGCUUUGAGGCUGAACUGUGCAGAGCCUGGGGUCACAGCUUAGGUCAAAACUCAACAGACGUAUUAGAGGCAGGGAUUUAGUGCAAGGCAGCCUUUGGGGGCAGAGGGGCAGAAGCAGAGUGCUGAGGCUCCCUGCCUGUGCUGUCAAAGUGGCACUGGACUGAGCAUUUCAGGGUGUGCAAACAGUGUCUGCCUGUGUCAGCACUGUCCCAAAUGUUACAAAUGCAGCUGAUAAUUGAUUCCUCAGAGGGGCUUGCUAUGUCAGCAAUAGCCAAGGAAUGGGAAAAUGAUCAUCUCAAUACGUAGUAGAGCAGACAAUUGAUAGCCUUGCUUUAACUGGGGCUAAAGCCACUGCUAAUUAGGCCAACAUCUUUGAAUGCAAGGUUUAAUACACUUUGUGUCUCCAUUAGGAAUCUCAAAAGGGCAUGUUCAGCGAUUGGGAAUGUCAAAGGCCUUUUAAAGAGCUUUGAAAAAAGUAGAUCUCCAGCAACAGGGAAUUUAGUUUUACAGAUCUUUUGAUCUCUUUUUCAAAUAAAAGAAUGAAACAUAAAUUAGGACUACUUUAGAAAAAGUAGAUGUUCUCUCUGAGAUUUAGUAGGAAGAGACAGCUGUUCCUUACCUUCAAUAGUCACCAAUAUCUUUAAUUGUAUUUAAACUCAAGUGAAUUCCCAUGUUAAAAUGGGUACCAUAACCCUUUUCCUGCUUAGCACAAUUGGGGUUUGGGUACUUUCAGGAGCUGUUUUAAUAUUGAUGACUGCCAGUGGAUUAAAAGCAUAGAGAAAAUGAAGUCUCUUCCACCACAGAAUAAUAAAUGGCUACUAGAUAACAUUUUGCCUGAUCAGAAAAUAAGAAUGGUCUCCAGAGCUUUUCAGGAUUUGAUCUUUCAGCCAAAUCUGCCAUGCAAGGAGCCUGUUGGUAGUAAAUUUUUGUCUGUGAUAUAGUUUGGUUCAGAAAAUGAGCAGAGAGCAGAUUUCAGAGACAAUAUGAGAAAACACUCGUGUUUUGGAUGAAUUUCAGUCCCCUGUGUAGCAUUUUGCUCUUUCUAUGCCCCUACGUCAGUGGACAUUAUAAGAAAAAAUGCCAUUAACAUUGGGAGGGGAAAUGGCAUUAAAAUGUGGAGAUGCUCAAAUGCCACAGCAAUGGGGUCUGGAUAAUUCUCUAAGGCACCCUGAGGUUUGAAACAGCUGCUUGUUGGAAGCCCCAGAAGCAUUCUGCCAAAGACACCAGCUAGUCACUGAUGUUUCCAAUCCAACUGUCAAGCAGCAGCCGUCUCUGGUGGGCAGGAGUUUUGAGGUGUGUUCUAAUCCUGCCCUUUGCUGUGUGCCAUUGAGCAAAGGGAAGAGCCAGAUUAAACGUUUGGCACUUGACAUCAAAGUUAUGAAAAUGGAAUCAUCCCUUUUAUUAGAAAUCUCUCAAUUUUCUCUCCACGGUGCAUUUCCAAAUCUUCAGUGUGGGUUUAGACAACUUCUUAAUGGAAAUAAAAAGCAACUGGACAUUUCAUUCAUUGCUCAUGCAGAAAGAUAAUGUGAAAUAAUUUAGUAAAGGGACAAAGUCUGCCACAGGGACAAGGCUGUGGUUGGAGAAAUUAGUCCUGAGGGGUUGGUGGUUCUGUUUCCAGGAUGAUCAGCUGCUUUGCCCGUUUCUGGAUCAUGGGGCUCUGUGCUAUUUUGCUGAUCUUAGCCAGAAGGCUUCCAAUUAGCAAAUGCAGAGGUAGAUCCCUGUUUGCAUUGAGGCUGAUGGUUGAGAAGCUGUGUCUCUCUCCCGGCAGUGCUUGUGGAGUGGGUUUAUGCCAGGAGCC